AUGCUUAGUGAAGUGCCUGCAGCGAAGGGUGGGCCCAGCGAAGGUGGCAUGGAGGGCAGCACUUCCAUUGCCAAAGGGGGAAAGACUAGCAUCAAGGGCAAGCAUGGCAAGACCGACGCCAUGAAGGGUUUUCACCCAAAACGUUCUUCUGGGGAUACUUCUGGUUCUUCCGAAGUUGUUUCCAAGGGCUCUGGGAAGUUCAAGGGUAAGACCACUGUCACCGAGAGUUACCAGGGCUUGGAGGAUGGCAAGGGCAAGGGCAAGUUUGGGGACACCGCAAAGGGCAAGACCGACACCACGAAGGGUUCCCACAAAGGUUCUUCUGGGGAUUCCGUUGGUCCUAAGGGUUCUGGCAUGUUCAAGGGCAACUCCGAUGUCACCGAGAAUAACCAGGGCUUGGAGGAUGGCAAGGGCAAGGGCAAGUUUGGGGACACCAUGAAGGGCAAGACCGACACCAUGAAGGGUUCCCCCCCCAAAGGUUCUUCUGGGGAUUCCGUUGGUCCUAAGGGUUCUGGCAUGUUCAAGGGCAACUCCGAUGUCACCGAGAAUAACCAGGGCUUGGAGGAUGGCAAGGGCAAGGGCAAGUUUGGGGACACCAUGAAGGGCAAGACCGACGCCAUGAAGGGUUCCCACCCCAAAGGUUCUUCUGGUUCUUCCGAAGUUGUUUCCAAGGGUUCUGGCAAGUUCAAGGGCAACUCCGAUGUCACCGAGAUUGACCAGGGCUUUGAGGAUGGCAAGGGCAAGGGCAAGUUUGGGGACACCAUGAAGGGCAAGACCGACACCGUGAAGGGUUACCGCAAAGGUUCUGGGGAUGAUACUUCUGGUUUGACAAAUGGUGUUUCCAAGGGUUCUGGGAAGUUCAAGGGUAAGACCACUGUCACCGAGAGUUACCAGGGCUUUGUGGAUGGCAAGGGCAAGGGCAAGUUUGGGGACACCAAGGGCAAGACCGACAACACGAAGGGUUCCCACAAAGGUUCUUCUGGGGAUGAUACUUCUGGUUCUGCCGAUGUUGUUUCCAAGGGAUCUGUGAAGGGCAACUCCGAUGUCACCGAGAAUAACCAGGGCUUGGAGGAUGGCAAGGGCAAGGGCAAGUUUGGGGACACCAUGAAGGGCAAGACUGACACCAUGAAGGGUUCCCACAAAGGUUCUUCUGGGGAUUCCGUUGGUCCUAAGGGUUCUGGCAUGUUCAAGGGCAACUCCGAUGUCACCGAGAAUAACCAGGUCUUGGAGGAUGGCAAGGGCAAGGGCAAGUUUGGGGACACCAUGAAGGGCAAGACCGACACCAUGAAGGGUUCCCACCCCAAAGGUUCUUCUGGGGAUUCCGUUGGUCCUAAGGGUUCUGGCAUGUUCAAGGGAAACUCCGAUGUCACCGAGAAUAACCAGGGCUUGGAGGAUGGCAAGGGCAAGGGCAAGUUUGGGGACACCAUGAAGGGCAAGACCGACACCACGAAGGGUUACCGCAAAGGUUCUUCUGGGGAAAACAUUUCUGGUUCUUCUGAAGUUGUUUCCAAGGGUGCUGGCAAGUUCAAGGGCAAGCCCACUGUCACAGAGAAUAACCAGGGCUUGGAGGAUGGCAAGGGCAAGGGCAAGUUUGGGGACACCACGAAGGGCAAGACCGACACCACUAAGGGUUCCCACAAAGGUUCUGGGGAUGAUACUUCUGGUUCCACUGUUGCUCCAAAGGGUGCUGGCAAGCCCAGGGGGAAGACCGAUGUCACCGAGACUAACCAGCGCUUUGUGGGCAAGGGUAUUGGGGACACCGAGACGGGCAAGAGCGACACCUGGGAGGGUUCCCACCCCGAAGGAGCUACCAAGGGUUCUGGAAAGUAUACAGGCAAACCUUUGGAGGAGGAUGGUGCUGCAGCUUUGUGGUAUCAGCCGUUGCCUACCCUGGCCAGUGGCUAUGGUGCCAUGACCGCAGAUCAAUGGGGGAAAUCUCCAAAGGUAAUCUUGGAUGAGCAUGAAACAAGGCUAUGGGAGUGGGUCCAACAAGCUAACCCAUAUGCUUUGAAAGGGGCUGUAGACACGGCCUGUUCCCAUUCAGAUUUUCCCCAGUUCAACAGAGACCUUUGGGAACCUGUGGAAGCACAAAAGUUCGGGACCUCCCCUGCUGAAGAUGUGGUCAGAUUUGAUAUGUGGUUGAAAAAAAAGGAGAUUUCUGACAGUUUGCCUACGCCGACCAUCUCGCCGCCACAGAAAAGAAGCAACUCGGAGCUUGGCCCACCCCCUGAAAACCCAGAGGCCUACAAGAAUUACUGGAAGAAGUUUGAACGUAAAGGGGGCCAAUCCAAUCUUUCUGUUGCCAGUACAACCCCGGGGUCCAAGUCUGAAGAAGCUUUGGGGAGCUCAAGUACUACGCCCAGCCGGACCCCAUCUGACACUUCUGACCCUGCUGCAUCCCCGGAUUCUGCAACUGGCAUUACACCAGACUGCAAAAAGAAGUUGGAUCUUGAAGGAAUCUUCCGCCGGAGCACCAGCGUGAGAUCUGAUGGGACUGGUGACGUCGACAUGGAUCGCCUGGGGGACGGGGAGGGACCUGGAAGGGGGUGUCGCCCAUUUUCUUUUGGGUUGGGUGGCCGCGUACAGGCCAUGACUUGCUUCGAGGACAUGCCACCCGACGAGCGGAAGAGACAGCGAGAAGCUUUGAGGCGAAGGUUGGCAGGUGCAGGCCUCCGACCAGGUCUGAUUCAAAAGUGGCAAGCAGCUUCGAGCCAGCAGGCCAAGUUCGAGUUCUUACGAGCUUUCAUGCUUGACCCUCAGAACUUGAGUGAAAUCACCAUAGAGGCCCAGUACGUUGACAUGGCAGAACACGACGACUCGUCAUGCUGGGUCGAAUUACCCUUAGAGACGUUGCGCAAGCAAUACACUACUCCCAGCGAGAUCAAAUUCUUAGAAGAACAAGUGAUUGCAAAGCAGCCAGGACGGGCCCACCCCCAGGAUCCGUCAGGGGAGAACCAGGACAUGCGCAUGUACUGGGUGUUCCGUGAGUCAACGGAUGUUUCCCGUCGAAAGCAGGCAGUCGGCCACUCAGUCAAGGCCAGUGGACAUGUUCCCCAAAACAGAGCAGCAAUGACCGCUGUCGCUGACAGUUUGGCAAUGCGUGGUGCGGACUUUGGGGGCAAGGGCGGAACUGCCGAAGCUCACCAGACCCAUUCGGGAAAGGGAAAGGGAGGCAAGGCAAAGGGAAAGACUGGAGAGCCACCAGAGAAGAAACGCAAGGCAGGUCAUAUAUACCCAUAUACAAGCACACACACAUAUAUAUAUAUAAUACACUUAUUCAUUAUAUACACACAUAUAUAUAUAUGCACAUCAUAUGUAUAUACACACUAUAUAUAUACACAUUGA